AUGGAUAAAGCUGAUCUUCAAAGAACUGUUGAAUCAUUACGUUAUCAGUUAAACUUUCAACGAGUACCAAUAUCACAAAGUGCUGCUGAAUUGAAAAAAUUUAUUGAAAGUCAUCAAGAUUCAGAUCCACUGGUUAAUCCUGUGGAUAAAAGAGUUAACCCUUGGGCUGAGAAAUCUAAAUUAACCUCUAAUCAAGUAACUUUUUAA